AUGCAGCUUGAACAUGACGACGACGACCCUGAAAGGGUCGAGGAACAGCUGGAGAACGAGAAAAAACUCGAAGCCAGAUACCAGAAACUUGUUGCAGAGCUUUCGUCUCUGCCUGAGGAGACGUUGAAUACCUUCUUCGCCCUCUUCGACAACUGCAUUCAGUUGUACCGGCUGAACAAGCCUACGACUCGAAUGAUCACAGAGAUCGAACAAAACCGAACUGAACGUCUCCGCAAAAUGGAGCUGCGGAUUGAGAAGGCAGAAUCUCGGCAUGCGCUGACAGAAGCUGCUGCAGAGGAAGUGGAGAAAGAGCACAAACGAGUCAUUGCAAAGGAGGAGUCGUUGUUUCAAAGCCGAGUGCAGCAGAUCCGGCAGGAAGGUCACGCGGUGGUGCUGGCAGCUGAGGCCCGGGCUGAGGAUGCGCAAAAAAAACGUGAAGAAAUCGAGACUCAAAUUAAGGACAUCGUGGUGGAAAUGCAGGAGAUCUUGGAGCUUGAAACCUUUCAACGAGAAGACUUGUCAAAUCACCUUCAGAAAGCUGACAUCCGAACAGCUCGUGCUGUCCUCGAUGCGGAGGUUCAUGUACAGAGUCUCCGCCACGAAGCUGAAAUCACAACAAGGAAAACAUUCCAAGAUUUGCAAGGCAACAGCCGAUGUGCCUGGGCAUUGCAAGAGCAAGUUGGUGGGCUCAAAGAAGCUGUCACUGGAGUGACUGCUUGCCAGCGAGACCACCAGCUUCAACAUAUUCCAAAAGUUGCACCAAGGCCUUUUGACCUGGAGGAAACUCCAUUCGAUGGCCUGGGAAAAUUCGGCUCGUUCAGGUCUACGCAAGUUCCCAAAGGGUUCUAUGCGGAGACCCUUUGUGCACGUACUGCAAAUGCAGCGCCUAGGCUCAUCCAAGCCCAAAGUGUUGAAAGGCUUUCAGACUACUUGGAGCAGGUAGUUCCCGUUUGUCGCAAACGCGGGGACAAGUUCUACAUGAAGGGAAUUCAGGCCUUGGCCUUCGUACGUUGGAAGCAGUCCAGGUUUCGCGAAGCAUUGCCAUUGUUCCACGAGAUGGAAGGAUAUUUGGGCAAAAGUGCAGCCCUUUGUGAAAACAUAGCGCACACCUACAACUCGCUGGGCGACUUUGAGAAGGCGGAGGACUAUUUGCGACAGGCCUUGAAAUUCAUUGAGCAGGAAGCUGGCAUGAAUAAGGGGAAUCGAGGUGGAGUGCUACUGGGACUUGGCAUCGUCAGGGACCGCUUGGGAAAGCACAAUGAAGCUCUUCCAGUCUGCCUCAAAGCGUACGAGUUCUACAAGGAACGUGCAAAUGGUGCUCCUGCCUCUUUGCAGGCGAAGGCAGGCAUCUCCUGUGCCAAGAUCUAUGCCAAGCUGGGGAACCUGAAGCAGGCGGAGACAUACAUCCGUGAGGCAGUCGAGAUGUAUGAGAUCACCUGUGGCGAGACAUCGCCUUUGACGGCCAGUGCCUAUCAUGAACUCGGAAAAGUACUGUGGGGGCAGAGAAAGCGAGAAGAUGCGCAGAAGGCCUUGAAGAGGGCCUAUGAGCUUGAAGCCAUGAAGGACGCCUGGGAUCUUGUUACAUUACUGGAGGUACACAACCUGCUUAUGGACACGCAUUUGAAAGAGACUGCAAACAUCGAUCGCGCCAAGUUUGCCGACUACUUUGCCACAACUGACUAUGUGGUAGGGAGAGUGCGAAAGGAGCUGCCACAGGACGGCAAUGCAGCUGUUUACUACAAGGCAGCGGCUGAGCUGAAAUCCUGGGGUGGUCGCUACACGGAGGCCAAGGAGCUCUUUGACGUUGCCAUCCCUUUGCUCAAGGCUGAGACGACAACAGAUUGCACAUCUCUGCUUGAGACUUGCGAAGCCAUGAAAGCGUUUUGCGACCGCAACCUGCAAGGAACACAGGACAGCCCUAUGAACUUCUCCAUCCCGGACAGUGAAAAAGGUGCAGAUGGGCAAACCCCAGCGCCAAAUGUUGGACAAGCCGCAGCUGAUACGUACCAGGGUCCAGUCAUUGAAGAGAUCAUGGAUGAAGACCCUGAAGCACCCUGUGCAGUGGCAAAUGGUGCCUCUUCAUCUUCGGCCCCAUCUUCGGCUGCUCCUGCAAUGCAAGGAGUGGCGGAACUACGCUGCCUCACUGCAGCAGAUGCGGAGGAGGCUUCGCAGGUGUGCUCUGGUGCCUCAGGGUCCCUCUUCGACUCUUCAGCUGACCUGCAGGCACAUUUGGAAGCGGCUGGCAAGGGUAUUUGCUGGGCAGCAGGAGGUGAGCAGAUUUGUGGUGUGGCAUUGUGCGGCUCCGAUGGGGUGUUCGGCCACCUGCUGCAGAUCUCGGUCACGCCAGGAGAAGAGGUGCUGGUGAAAGAUACCAAGAAGCGACUUAUCGAUCGCUGCCAACAGGCCUGCAAGGAAAGAGGUUUGCGUGGCCUUCGGGCCACUUCAGCCGGCAAGGACGAUGAGGCUUUGUUUAAAGGUUUUGGUUGGACUUCCCACUUGGUGUGGAGCAGCCCCACGGACGACCGGCCCCACAAGAAGGGUCGCACCAACGGAUCCUCUGCAGCUUCGUCGAGUUCAGGAGCUCCACCAAUUGAUCCAGAGCUUCGACGGGAUGGCAAGGACGUCAACUCCUUCUACCAAGCUUGGGACAAGGUGAACGUAGAAAAGGCUUUGGUUGUUGAAGAAGGACUUGACCCUGCAAUUGUACCAGAGGACCAAAGGCCGUUGGCCGACUUUGGUGACUUAGAUCGACACCUCGAUGUAUCACGGAAGAUCUGCAAGUUUUCUUGGGAUCAGAGUAGCACUGGGGUGAGCAUCUACGUGCCUUUUGACGGGGUUGGGCGCCUUCCGGAGCAGGAUGUGCAGGUGGAGUUCAGGGAAAUUGGCUUCCUCCUCACCAUCCAGAAAGAUGGGAAAAAGCACUGGUACAAAAUACCAAACCUCUGCAAUCCAAUUGAUGCGGGCGCUUCGCGCAAGAGUGUGAAGACUGAUCAGGUCGUGGUAAAGCUUCGGAAACAACGGGCUUCCAGCUCCUGCCUGAGGAUAUGGAAUGCUUUGGCCGAAUUCUUUGGAAGAUUCCCCGCGUCUUUCAUCUUCUUUACUGUAGAUAAGAAGAUUAAGAAGGAGAAAAGACGAAUUUAG